GUUUCGUCUCACGUUCCCACCGUCGGAUUUAUCACCCAUCUCACCCAUCGAGGUUUCAUCGUCCUAGUCUUGUUUCCGACCGAUAUUCACACCAGAUCAGAUUCUUCACCUCUCGCCCACCAUGCGGGAGGUCAACUUUAGCAUUCCGAAUGUCAACAAGGCCUCUGUCAAUAUCACAACCACGCUGUACGACCGGCGUGCCUUGGACUGCACAUCGACGCUCCCGCUCAUCAAUUCGCUCAACCACCUGGCCUACCUCACCACAUCCUCAGCCCGCAUCCGCGACAUCCUCACCGUCGAUGGCGGCAUCGAACGGCUGGUAUGCAUCCUCAAGGAGGGCCGCAGUCGGGAUCUGAUGGAGAUGUGGAAGUGGAGUCUGGCCUUCCAAUGCGUUGUCAACAUCGGUGUGCGGGGCUCGGAGGGCGUCAGAACUCGCGUCGUCGAGGCCGAUAUGGUGCCGGUGAUUGCGACCAUCCUGGAUAACUAUAUCAAGGUCGUCGAGAGUGCCCGUUCCCGGGCGAUUCAGGAUUCAGAGAAGCAUUCGUCCCGAAGUGCCCCCAGCCUGAACGACGCCACCACGAGCGCCCCCCUUAGCACGGUCGCCGCCAACGAUGCCCCUGUGCGCCCGGUCUACGUGGAUCAAUCGACCAACACUGAACAACGUCCUUCUCGCCGCCAGGCCCCCCCUCCUCACAUCGAAAUCCCCCCCUUCUAUCAAGACACCACUGCCUCCGACUCGAAUGCCAUGGAUGUGACGUCGUCCCCCCGGGCGCCCAUGACUUCUCCCCCGGAGCGAAGCACUUUCACACAGGAUGUACACCCUCACAGAUCCAACGAUGCCCGCUACGCCCAUGCUAGCCACCGCCACAGAGCAAUGCAACCCCUUGCGACCGCCCUCCCGCCGAUGGAUACUGCCGAUGGCUUCGGUCUGCGCCCGGUGCGCGACACGGAGCGACUUCCCAGCAUGCUGCCGGGCUUCCACAACGGCCUGGCGUCGCAGCCCGACUCCCCCACCACCCCCAGCGGCCCGGCGCAGCUGCGCAGCAACGCUCAGGCCACGCUGGCCCGGUCACGGCCCACCUUGAGGCAGCAGCAAUCCGCCUCGGGCGAGUCGGAUGACGGCAAUGGUGAAGGCUCAACAAUAGGUGACGAGGCGGUCUCGGGCGCGGCAGGUGAGCCAAUCAUCGGCAUUCAGAACCGGAUGGAGAUCGAAGAUGUCGGUGCCCGGCAGACCGUGCUGGAAGGAGUCUCUAACACCCACGACCUGACCGUCAAUGACACGUCUGAAGGCCAAGACGUCGAGACGUUCAACAUCACGCACCACUCCACCGUCGACGGCAGCAUGAUCAACAACGACACCACGGGCACGAACGGGGCUUUAGGCUUGUCGCCCACGCAGGCCACCAACAAUGCCAAUUCACCCGCGGUAGUCCCCAGCCCAUACUCCCUGUACGUGCGCGACCGUUCGACGACGGUAGCCCAAGGCGUCCUGACGACGAUGCCGCGUGACGAGGACGUGCUCAUGUCGCUCCAGCUCCUGGCGUAUGUGUCCAAGUAUUGCGAUCUUCGGUCCUACUUCCAGCACUCCCACCUCGUGCCCAAGCUCAAGGUCGACCGGGAACUCCAGAUGAUCGAAGAUGGGGCGUCGCCGAUCGAGCCUGCCGAGGAGGAAGACGAGUACCUCCUGCCAGACGACGUCAACAUCUUCCCGCUGGUGGAGAAGUUCACGGUGCGCCACCACUCCAAGGACAUGCAGUACUGGGCAUGUGUGGUGAUGCGCAACCUCUGCCGUAAGGACGAGUCGCGCGGGGGCAUCCGGCAGUGCGCGUACUACAAGUGUGGCAAGUGGGAGGAGUUCCAGCGGCAGUUCGCCAAGUGCCGGCGGUGCCGUCGCACCAAGUACUGCAGCAAAGAUUGCCAGAAGGCAGCGUGGGUGUACCAUCGCCACUGGUGCCACACCACGCCAUGAUAUGAACGCAUGAACUGUUUAAUACCUAUAAUGCAUAUCGGCUUGCAUAGCGUCGUAUCCGUCAUCUGAUACCAUUUCAUCCAUUCCAUUCG